AUGAAAAUCGAGCUGUUGAACGAAAAGGUCAAGUACGUGCAAAACGCGAACAAUAUAUUGAGGAAUCGGAUUUACAGUUCGCAAAAAAUAAUCCGAGAUCAAACCAACAUCAAACGGGUUCUCUACAAUCGCCUAAUUGCCUGGGAUUGCAAGGAGUUGUACAGCGAGUUGGUGCUCCCAUUCGAUACGGCUCCAAUUGUUGGGAUUGACGUGAUUCCCCACAAGAAAAUUCGACUGCAAGAGCGAGCGUCACCCGAAGAGAAACCACCACAACCACAGGAGCGGGCAAUUCCAACUGGAAAAGAAAACUCAACUCUUCAAAACGUUCUCUACACGCAAGCCAAAAUCGAGGCGAUUCUCGCCGAUUGCAAGAAACAAAGCCUCAAAAAUAUUAGCUAUGAAAAACGCAUUCUGCAGAAA